CCCAAGCAAGGAGCCAUCGGGCGCCUACGGCGGCGCCGGCUUCCACGCCCCGGGCCAGCGCGGGCGCUCAAGCCUCGGUGGCGUGGUGAUGGCCGCCUCGCACCGAGCAGCGAAGCUGGCGGCCAGCAGUCUCCAAACCCCGGUCAAUCCUAGCACCGGAGCGCGGGUCACCCAUUACGAACGCAAAGACCCCGUAGAGUCCCUGUCGGCGGCGGCAGCGGCCGUGGAGGAGACGGAAGAGGAGGAGGAAGAGGCAACGGGGCUGGCGCGGGCGCCGGCUGAUUUUAACACCAACAUUUCUGGGGUAAAUGAACAAAAACGUAUAAGCUGUGAGGAUUUUGUGGACCUUUCUGAUAUUUACCACUCUAAUGAAGAGUACUUCAGGAAACUAGAAGAGCUGAAGGCAGCCCACAUGGAAACUAUGGCAAAGUUAGAGAAAAUGUACCAGAAUAAAUUAAAUUUAAAGGAAGUUCGGCUAGCAAUCACCAUGGAAGAAGCCGCUAGUGUCUCUUCCAGGUCUGUAUCAGAAAAGAGCUCCCAUCAUCCUGUUUCAUUAAUGACAUCAAUUUCAGAGCCUGAUUUAGGUCAGUCUUCCUCCUUGAUUGUGUCUUCCUCUGAAGAUGAGUUGCCCAACGUAGAAAAAGAGUAUUCUGAGAAAAGCAAAAUGAUGACCUAUGCUAAGGAGCUCAUCAACAACAUGUGGACAAACUUCUCUGUUGAAGAUUAUAUUCAGUUUGAAGAUGCUGACUUGCCAGCACUCGAAAAAAAAAAAAAGAAGCCAAAAGAAUGGGUGCCAAAGAUUACAGUACCUGAGCCUUUUCAAAUGAUGAUUAGAGAGCAGAAGAAAAAAGAAGAGAACAUGAAAUCUAAAUCAGAUAUUGAAAUGGCACGCAAACUGCUCAAGAAACAAGAAGAAGAAUCAGAGUGUAAGAAAAAAUUCCGAGCCAACCCAGUUCCUGCGUUCGUCUUUCUCCCCCUUUAUCAUGAUAUAGUCAAGCAAAAUGAAGAACGGAGGAGGUCUAUGAAGGAGAAAAACAAAGAAGCUCUUUUGGCCUCGCAAAAGCCGUUUAAGUUUAUUGCAAGGGAGGAACAGAAGCAAAUUCGGGAAAAGCAGCUGAAAGACUUUUUUAAGUCUAAAAAGAAAACAAACCAAUUUAAAGCCAGACCGAUACCUCGAUCUACUUAUGAUUCAACUGUCAAUGACAAGUUAACAGAAGAAGAGCUCUAUAGAAACAUUAGGACGCAGCAGAGAACCCAAGACUUUUUACAGAAUUCAUCCCCUCUGCCUUGUAGUCCAGCUCGCAGAAGUUAUGCUACAAGGAAGCCCAAGUGUCCUGAACAGGCUGAAAAGUCCAAGUGUAAACACAAGGUUAGGUGCCAGACUGCUGAUACUGAAGACCUUCCUGAGAGAUAUAAGAAACAUCACUCAGAACAGAAGUGUCCAAAACCCCUGACAGUCUGCGAACCAUCUGACCUUCAUUCAGCCUCACAUGCAUCCACUGAAAGAGAGAAAAUCUUGGCAGAUAUUGAAGCAGAUGAAGAAAAUUUAAAAGAAACACGUUGGCCUUAUCUGUCUCCAAGGCACUGGUCACCAGUUAGAAGUAGAAAUGCAAAACCUGUGCCUUGUAGCUGCAACCCUCCCAUGCCCACGGUGUCCUCCAGGGGAAGAGAACAAGCCACAAGGAGAUCACUUGAGGAAAAGAAAAUGUUGGAAGAAGAGAGAAAUCGGAUCCUAACUAAGCAGAAGCAAAGAAUGAAAGAAUUGCAGAAACUCUUGACAACCCGGGCUAAGGCUUAUGACUCACAUCAGAGUUUAGCUCAAAUGUCUAAAUCCAGAGUAAAAUCUCUCAGAAAGAGUGAAAAAGAAAGGAUGAGAGAAUACCGACGAGAACUAGAAGAAAGAGAAGAAAAAUUAAAAAACAGGCCGCUGCUAUUUGAAAGAGUUGCUCAGAAAAAUGCAAGAAUGGCAGCAGAAAAGCAUUAUUCUAACACCUUAAAAGCACUAGGAAUAUCUGAUGAGUUUGUUUCAAAGAAAGGCCAAAGUGGAAAAAUAUUUGAGUACUUCAGCAAUCAAGAGAUGAAAAGUUUCACUGAAGAUAAAGAAAGCUUUAAUGAAGAGAAAAUAGAAGAAAGAGAGAAUGGGGAAGAAAAUUAUCUUACUGAUACCAACAGCCAAGAUUCUUGCAAGGAAACAGGUAAAGCUGAUGAAGAGAGUGGAGAAGAGAAUUGUGUUGAAGAAUAAAACUGAAUCAGUCGACAGGGUCUCCUCUCUGUUCCGCUGAUGUUGUUGGCAGCAUUGGGUAUCAGAAGCCGCGCCUGUGGUGUUAAGGACAUCCAUGGGAACCCGUCUGAUAACGUGCAGGUCUCUUUUUGCUCCGGACGCGCAGGCUCAGCGGCCAUGGCUCACGGGCCCAGCCGCUCCGCGGCAUGUGGGAUCUUCCCGCACCGGGGCACGAACCCUUGUCCCCUGCAUCAGCAGGCGGACUCUCAACCACUGCGCCACUAGGGAAGCCCCGUGCAGGUCUCUUGAGCAAAGUCCUCGUGUAGCCUGAAAAGGCCGAAUCCAGCUGAUGGAUCAUUUGCUCAGUUAGAGUCAGGCUUUGCCUAUACAGUUUUUAAAAGUACUACAUAUGGUCUGUUUGCAACUUUGAUCUUACUUCUAUUUUUAAAAAGUGUUUGAGAAGCACAGCUGUCACAAACUGAUUAGGUAUAAAAAUAUACAUAAUUUUAUCAUUUUGGGUGGAAAAAAUUGCUUAGCAUUGAGAGCAGAGGGGAGUAUUGGCCUUUGGUUUGAAAAAAAAGUUCUGGAAAGCAUGAAUCAAUAAAUAUUUUUAAAUUAUA